AAUAUUCAACAUGAAAAAACGUUAAAAUGCGCGACAGAGUUAGUUUUAACCUUCAUAACAUCAUCAACACGUCCAAAGUUCGUUUCAAAUAGAAUCCGCGAAUUCUACCGAAUAAAAAAUCCAUCAAAAAUGAAACUUUUACAAAUCACGGUGGUCGUUAUGUGCAUCAGUGCAUCCUUCGGUUUAGAUAUUGACGAUGAUGAUCCGUCAUCGUUGGAUGAUUUACCAGUUCUCUCCGCCGAAAAUGUUUUUGAUUACGUGGCAGAAAUGAUGAAAUCAUCGAGAGAAAUAUUCAAAGAAAUGGCGAAGGAUACUAUACAAAGCUUCAAGUCACAAAUGGACGAUAAAUCGAAACAAUACGCCAAAUUAACAUUGAAUGGAGUACGAUUUGCAGUAAAUAUGGGUACCACUGGAAGUGCUUUAAGAUCUCAAAAUGAAAGCAAGCUGAUGCAACUGUGGAAUCUCAUUGUAUCUAUAUUUUAUAAUAUAUUAUCUUGGUUUGGUUUCGGAGAUCAGCAUAUUGAUCAUUCGUACACGGCAGAUCUUGGAGAUAAUAAAGAAUAUUUCGUGGAAGACGCGAUUUUCAUGAAAACAUCUUUACAACAUCAGUUAUGCGAAAUCGACACUAUUUUAUUCGAGAAAGAUGCGUUGAGGAAAUAUGUGGAAGAAAAUUCAAUCCCUAUCAGCGAUGCUGUGAAUGAAAAAAUUAAAAAAGAAAAUUUUUUUGAAAUUGAGUAUAAAAACACACUGCAAAAGAGCAUCAAGUUAUUAGCUGACGCUAUCAAAGAAGUAGACGAAAAGGUUAAAGCUGAUCAGGAAUCUCACCAUGAUUAACAACACUUCAAUCAGUGAUGAAUUAAAUUUAUCAACCAUUUGAUUGGAUGUACCAAUGUAAAUCACAUUAAAGAUGUGAACUUCAUUAUUCAAAUAUGAUGCAUGUUUUGAAAUGA